AUGAAUGGUAGAUGCGCUGAUGAGUAUCUUUUUCACGUGAAUAUCUACGAAUUUUAUGAUUCAUCUGAAGAUUCUGAUUUUCAAAGGAUACGGUCUAUAAUAGUUGGCGGCAUGAACCGGCCGUCCAAAGCUGUGACCCAGGCGAAGAAAGUGGCACCACCGGCUGUACCCGAUGUAUUUCGACAUUCUGGCUCGUCGUUCGGUUCUGCUGGAUAUGCGAGCAGCGAGGAUAGCUGUUUCCUGCCCGGAAGCGGGCCAGGCGGGACAACGGACGAGGGUUCUUACGGAGUGCCAUCUGGAAAGAGUCCGGGGCCUAUUUUUACCCACCCUGGCUUUGCCUUUCCACCAGUCGUCGGCAAAUAUGCUCAUGCCGAGGAUCAAGGAAUCGAUAUGACUCAAAGUCCCGGAAGAGAUAGCCCAGGUAGUUCAGGAUCAGGCUCCGGUUCGAGGCAUUCUACCGCUUCAUUAGAUUCUGGGAGAGCCUCCGGGUAUCAUUUGGGCCCUAGAGGACCUGGUGCUCUUGCUUCGUCUCCCAGGUGUUCUAUAAGCUCACUUGGCAGCCAUCCCGACAGACCGGCGGAUCUCGACGUCGUUCACGCUUGGUUGACUGAACUCCAAUUCGAGGAAUACUUGCCAUUGUUUGCUUCCGCUGGCUAUGAUCUAGCUACAAUAACGCGCAUGACGCCAGAAGAUUUGACAGCAAUAGGAAUUAAGAAGCCUAAUCAUCGGAAACGCUUGAAAGCGGAAAUAGAUAAUUUAAACAUUGGAGAUGGCUUGCCAGAGCAUAUUCCUGGCUCGUUAGAAGAGUGGCUUCGGCUUCUGCGACUUGAAGAAUAUCUCGGUGCUCUUCAUCAACAGGGUAUGCGUUCAGUUGAAGAUGUAACGACUCUCACUUGGGAAGAUCUCGAAGACAUUGGCAUCGUGCGUCUUGGUCAUCAGAAAAAAUUAUUGUUAGCAAUUAAAAGAGUUAAGGAUAUUCGUGCUGGCAAGCGUAUACAGCCGCUCGAUCUUGCUCGGCUACCGCCGCAUCCUGGACAAACACAGGACGUAGUUAUUCAGCGAGGAGGUCCCGAUUUGCCAUCUCCCGACGAGGAUUGUUCCUCGCCUGUUUUGAGAUCUUUUCAGAGAGGAGGAAGUGAUACCACAUCUGGAGGCGCAUGGAGAAGUAUGUACGCUGCUUUACCAGCCGAUUACAACAUUGUUGGUCGGGCUGGUUCACGAGGAAAGUCAUUAGAAAGCUUGGAAGAUGCACCCCUUGGGUAUCCUCCGUCACCAGCACCUUCUACGCAUCCACAGCCAGUCGAAUGGCGUCCACGUAGCUUUGAAGACGGUGAUCUGACUCCUACAAAUGAUACUUCCAUAGUGGAUGCAGGUGGUGGAACUCUUCCACGACCAAGACAUUGUCUUGUUCGUCCACGACCUGUAGCUAAGGUCACUGCAACUCCAGGGCAGUUCAAGUCACUACCGAGAGACUUCGAUAACAAGUAUCAAUUAACUUACGGACUCGAAAGUAGUCCACAUCUUCCAAAACGUUGCCCUCCGUCUCCUCCGAGGCGUCAAAGCUCUAGAGAUAAUAGCGGUUCUGGAGUAGGAGUCGGAGGAUCGGGAGUUGGCGAUGUUGUGAUAGAUUGCAGCGGACCAGUUCCAACUGCUUCUUGCGAGGAGCAUCAUAUACAUCAUCAUCAGCAUCAUCACUUGAUUCAUCAUCCGUCUCCGCCACCACCAGCACCUGCACCAGUGCCAUCAACUCCACCGCAAAUAAACCGACCACCCUCUUCUAUGUCUCGUUCUUGGGGCAGUGUCAGUGUCAAUGUUAACGAAGAACAUGAAUUAAUAGCUUCUCUUGCUCUGCAGCACCGUAACGGUUCUGAUGCCAGUUUUAAGUCAAGUUCCAGUACAGAAUCCGACUCACUACCAUUUGCAAAUGAAAAUGCCGGAACAAUAAAACAAAGAGCUGCACGCGCACAGGAAUACGCAAGCGGUAAUACUGGCAACAAUAUGUCAAGUCAUGGAAUGAGCCAUCAUACUGGUGGGAGCGAACCAGCGGAUGUAUUGAACGACAUUGGGAAUAUGCUUGCAAACCUUACUGAUGAACUUGAUGCCAUGCUCGAGGAAGAAAAGCGUCAAGGCUUGAAUUCAUAAUCAUUGCUACCUUGCGUUUGCGUCUGUUGUCAUUUUUUCUUUCUCUUGAUUUUUUUUUAAUUACUAGUGCUACCACGAAAAAUGCGACUUUAGUAACAAAAAUCAAUGACGAAAACAUAGAUUUCUCACGCUAUGACGUAUAAUAUCGUAGAUCAUGAGCGCAUACAGUUUGCAAGAUUAAAUAGACAAAGUCGUAUGAAUUUGAUGAAUUGUAACUUGAUACAUCGCAAUGAUCUUAUUGAAAGGAAAGAAUGUUCGGUGUUGGACGAAUGUUAAACUACGUGUUGGCUUACAACAUAAGUUAUAUUACAUAAACAAUAAUAUCCUGUUAUAAUUGUAUAAGUUAACGUAGUGGAUUGUAUUCUUCCACGGUAUAAUUUUAACUUUUAUCUGUUUCUUCAUUCCUUAUUUCUCUUUUUAUAGGACAAAGCUUCUUAUUUUUCUAUCAAAAUAUUAUGAGCUUUUCACGAAGUUUCCAGAGACACCUGAAUGUUGCACAAUUUUCGCGAUUUUUACAUUUCUCUUUACAGUAUUUUUAUUCUGUACAUUCAAAGAAAAUUUUUUUUUAAUACAUUAUAUUCUGACAUUUGAUAUUGCAGAUUUUUGAACUUGCACUUUUAAAUCAAAUUUAUACGAAGAAAAAAAAAUAAAGUUAUACAAAGAUAGUUGUAUGAGAAAAAGUAUGCUAAAAUAAAAUUGCACUUAAUAAAUAAGGACAAUGAAUAUUUAUGCCUUAUGAUAAGAAGACUGCGAAAUACAUCAGUGUAGUCUAAUUUUCAACACACACUUCAUGGUACGCAUUUUACAUUCACAUAGCAUAAAGACUGAUUCUCUUUCUCUGGAAACUUCAUCGCUACCAACAUAUGUACAUUCCAGCUAGUAUAUUUCCUUUUCCACUUCCGUCCUUUGCUAAAACGAUAGCAUGUUAGAUUGGGACCUUCAUAACUGUUGGAACUGUUAGACAUUUUGAGAUUAGUAUGAUACAAAGAAGUAAAUUUCUGGGUUGAACUUUACCGUCGAACCUUCAAGCUUUUAGCACAUUUGACGUGCUAAAUACAAAUACAUCCGUUUUUGACUGUUUUUACUUAUUUAUUCAUUUUGAAUCUCGCUAUAGGAAUGAAUCUCUUUCACGUGUCGUGUCCAUUUCCUGAAGCGUUUUCAUCUUUGGUUUAUAGAGUAUCAUUUUGAGUCUAAUAUCAAUUCUGAGAACGCCGGGGAUUUUCUUUUUAAUUAUUGGCAGAACUAUCGAUAUUGGUUUGGGUUAGAUAAAUUCCCGGCUAGCAAUACUUAUCCUUGUUGCUCUGUAUUUAGAAUGUGCAUGAACUAUGUAAUAAAUUACAUUCAUAAAAAUUCUUGUGAAUAUCUCGGAAACAAGUAAUUUCCAUCAAAAACGGGGUUAUAAUCGUAUUCAACACGUUGAAACAAACAGGAUGAUGUAAAAUAUGUAUUAAAAGUUUGGGGAACAACGUUGAAGUUCUACCAACUUCUGUAUCUCUUUUCCAGAGUAAAAUAAUUCUUCCAGUAACGUCAAAGAAAAAUAUUAUUGAGUCGUGUUGAUUUGAUAAUGAAGCAUAAUUAUAUCUUUGACUAUAUUAUGGUACAAUUUCUAUAAGAGUUUACGAAUAGUUUGUAUGAAAAAAAUUUACAUCUUCCAUUAUUUGAACUUGAGAAGAGGUUCUCGUAAGACUGAGAACAAAAUCAACAUAAACAUUUGACUGCCAAUUAAAUUUCAAGAUUAUACAGUUUAAAUACAGAAUCAUAUGCACUGUAUGCCAAUUAACAUUUUAUAUUUAUUAUCCGUACUAAUAUAGUGAUGUAUGUGUAACUCACUAUUGUUAUAUGGUGCACAAAAACAUGUGGAGUGCAAAAUAUCCACGUGUAUCAAAUCAAAGUAAUCGUCGUAGUGAAAUCUUGUCGAUAAAAAGUGUUCAGGUUUACUCGAAAUUUAAGUAUACUGAUAGAUUUGUGCAUACAAUUUUACAGUCCUCAUACGUAGGAUGAGUUGUACAAUUGAUUCAAGUUAUAUCUUGCAUUUGAUUGUAUGACUUAUCUUGUGCAUGCAUAUACACGUACAUAUUUAUAUAUGAUAAUUCCACGUUCUUCAUCAAUUCAUGUAUGAUAUAUUUCUUAAAUUUCAAGUAUUUUAAAGUCUGCGAUCUUAUUUAAAACUUGUUACAUUGUAAUACAUUGUAAAUCAUUGUUCACAUAUCAGUAAUUUUACCAAGUAAAAAUUGAAUUAAAAUUUUAAAGAUGUUUUUAAUUUAUAUAAAUGGAACUUGGAACUUUCAUAUAUAAAUAGCUACAGUUUCAAUAUGACGUUAUUAUUAAUGAAAUACUCCUUACUUUACAUUCUUUAAGGAGUACAAAUUGCUUUGUUUCUAUACAAAUCAGUUUCGCAAGUGAAGAUAAAUUAAUUGCAAUGAAUUCAAUGACUCUGUCAUCGUUUUAAUAUAUUUUAUUUUUAACUUUAACAUACAAUUUGUUAUACAUAUUCAAAUACAGUUAUGCUCUAUCAUUACAGGAAAAGAAAAUGUGGUAGGAUAUAUACAAGAUCUUCAAAUACACUUAAAACCUAGGUUAAUCAAUUAAACAUUGGGGCUACAUUAUUGUAGCCUGCAGACUUGUUAACUACUGUAGGUAUAUAGUAGGUAUACAUAUAUCAGUUUAAGCAGUGUACUUAGGGAAACUGUUUUGCGGUGCUGCAAAUUUAUCAAUUUAUUAUUAUUUACUUUUAUUCUUUAUUAUUACUGUAUACAUUGUAGAACUGGUUUUUUAAGUCGUAUAUAUGAAUAACGAAAGAUGGCACAAACUCUUAAUACAUUUGUAUUUAAUACAAAUGUUUAAUUCGCUGCUUAGUUUGGUUGAAACAUUUUAGAUAUUUUAUUAAUUAUUAGAAAUGUUUUUGCACAAGUUUUUUCUACAAGUGUAAUCAUUUGUGCUACUCUAUAUGUACAUCUAAAGGAAGAACCUUUUUUAAUCUUCCAAAGAUUAAUCGUGAUCCAAUAAUUUGUUUUAUCUAUGAUUAAUCGUUUUAAAUUUUUUACUUUAUCGACACCAAAAUUUUAACAUUGAAAUUAUAAAUUGAUUGCAAAAUCGUAGUCCGUGAUCGUGUAAAAUAAGAAAUAUAUCACUUUACUUGAAAAAAUUACUUUUACAAUGAUAAUUAACAUAAAAUGGUAAAAGCUAAAUAAUAUCACGAUGCAGGUAUUGAACUAGAUUAAAUAUUAAUUUGACCAGAAAUGAAGUAACUAGUAAAUGUUAGUAGAAAGUGAAACAUUUUACAAUUGUGCGAUCGUGUGAUCAAUUAACAAUAGUUGUUUCUACGAUACAUAAAUUGACAAAUACAAUAGAAGGUAAUACACACACUGCCGACUUUUAUACUGUAAUUCAAUUCCAUAGAAUCAAAAAAUAAAUAUAAAAAGGAAAAAACUUUUAGAUAUUUUAUAAUUCACGUAUAAAAGAAACACUCGAAGAAUUAAAUUUAUUUAAUAUUUAUUUAUUUCUAAAUUGUAAAAUAAUAUGUUUAAAAAUUAUUUUAAGUGAAACGUUAUAAACGUUUAAUUGUCAUAUGGAAGAUAUUGUAGAAUAACGUAUGAAACGAUGUUCAUUUAAACAAAAGUAUUAUUUUAAUUUUGAGCAUCAGUAUAAGUAAAAAAAGAAUAUAUAUAUAUAUACAUAAAUCAGACGCUACCGAUGUGUUUACUUAAUAAUAAUUCAAGCGAUAAAAUUGAGAAACUAUUGUAUGUAUUAGACUAUGCUUCAAAGCAGUUCAUGGCAUUUCUAAAAUAAAUGAAAUGUAUACCAUCUGCUGUUCUAAGGCGAUUCUCUUUUCAUUUCUACAGAUAGCUGAUAGUAAUUGAUGAAAUGUACUAAAAAAGAAUUCAAUGAUUGGCAGCUAAUUCAGAAUUCCUGAAGACAUUGCUUCUACAUGGUGUAUACAUAUUAUACAUAUAUAAAUAUUAUAUAAAUAUAAAUGAUAUAAAGGUAUAAAUAUAAAUAUAGGUAUAUAAAUUAUAUUUGUAUUUAUAUUUGUACCGAAUUAGUCAUAGUUUUUGUACAAACGUAUGCGUCGCUGCAGUUUUGUUCAGCGAAUUUAAUACCCGCCUAAUUGCAUUUUACGAGUCCUCGGGACCUCCUCCUACUUUCUGUAUUUGUUUAAAUGCACGUUGAAUACAUUAAUUGAUUUAUCAAAUAUGACGAGGGAGAUAAUUAAAUAAAACUAAUUGACAGAGACUCCGUUCUUAUUGUUUUUUUAGUAUAUACCCGAGAUAAGCUGUUAAUCAUCCUGUGAGAAUUAUUCUCAUUAUCUAAGAGAAUAGAGAUUCUCAUAUUUUUAUUGUAACAUAAAGCAGGAUACAUCAUGGGUCAUCCUUAUCAUACAUAUAUUAUUUCACAGACGAUCAGGAAGAAAAGGAGUAGACUAUAUAGGAAAUAAUAAAUAUCGUUUGACCUUUUCUUUUCUUAUCAUAGAAUAUGAUUUUAUAAUUCUUAAUCUUCUAUAAAGCAUAAGUUUUGAUUGAUUUAUCUUUUAGUUAGUAAAGGAAAUAUCGUUUCAUUGUGAUGCUAUGAAAAAUCAAAUAUUUUCUGCUGUGGAAAAUUUGAUUCUAAGCAAGAUAGAUAGUAAUAUAAUUUUUAUGAACUAAGAGCUAAGUAAUGUUACUUAUAAGAGAGAGCGAAAGCGAGAGAGAGAGAGAGAG